AUGUCAAGGCGAUCGAGCAGGCUAAGUGCGUCACUCAGCGACCCGUCCUCUUCCUUGAACGUCGGCACCUGUAACGUCGGAACCUUGAACAGGGAAAAGUUCCUCAGCACAGACGCUGCAGGAACGAGACCUCCUUCCUUUACUGCCUCGAAUGGCAAGGAUGCUUCAAACUCUAUACCAUACUUCGAAGAAUGGUCGACAGAUGCGCUACAAGCCGAAGUCAAGCGAUAUGGCUUCAAAGUGUCGAGGAAACGCUCGACGCUGAUCGAUCAGCUGAAAGCCGUAUACGAAGCGCUGCAUCGGUCCAACGCUGAUUUCGAAACGCCCACCGUACCCAGCGUCCCGAACGUCUCCACCGAACCCGCUCAAGUGUCACGAACAAAGCGCAAGCUUGUGCUUCCAGCCUCGAAGCCAGGCAGGGAAGGCGUUGCGUUGGGAUCAGGAAAAGGGAGAGGUCGUCAAAGCGAUCCCUUCGUGCUCGACGGCGACUCCAUGUCGGAUGCAUCCUCAUCUUCCGACUCAGUCAUACUCGCCUCGAACGAAGUUGACGAAGGAGAAGCAGGCGACUAUACAGCACAGCUCGAGAUGGAAGCCCUGUCCGCCACUGACGGAACCGAUUCGAACAUCUCGCUUUCGACCUCUGCCUCACCCGAUAAACCACGUCGUGGUCGGCCACCGCGCUCCUGGUCCUCCUCCUCAUCCUCAGACAUCCCUCUCUCCACAUUCACUACUGCAGGCGAGGAGCAGGAACAAGCUGUCGAACCAACGGUCGUGUUGGCAGAGACAAUGACACACGCGAUCCGAAGUAACGCUGGUGUUUGGAGCAGGGUUCUGCGCUACGAACCGAUCAGCUUUGACGAGUUUGUCAGUAUUGCUACCCAGAACGGACUGGAAAUGGACACGGGGAAGCGGAAAGAGGAGUUGCGAACGUGGUUGGAUAGGCAGUGUAUCUGUUUCUAUUCGAAUGAUCUUACCGGCCCGCGGAGUCGACAUUGA